AGAACUGAUGAAAUACAAUAUCUUACUUAAUAAUUGUAAUUCAUUUGAAGAAACUUAUAUAGAUUUAAAUUACUAUGAUUAAUUGUAUACGUUUAAGGAAUAUUGAUGUAUGACUAUUGUGAUUUACUUGUAUUUAUAUAUAUAUUUUUGUAUUAUGUAUUAAUUAAAAAAUGAAUGUACUACCAAGUUAACAUAAUCUGCCAAUGACGAAAUAAUAAUAAUGUCAUCAGAAACUGGAAUUUUACCAAAAUUCAUACAUAUCACUAUUGUGGUUAUAGCAUAUUGGACAAUUUCUAUAUUAACAGUUUUUAUAAACAAAGCACUUUUAUCUAGUAGUAGCAUAAAUUUGGAUGCACCUCUUUUUGUGACAUGGUGCCAAUGUAUAGUAAGUUUAAUCAUUUGUGCGACUUUAAGUAAAUUAUCAAAGUGUUUUCCAAGAUAUAUUAAGUUUCCUGAGGGUAAUCCAUAUACUAAGGAAACACUUAUUAAAAUAUUACCAUUGUCCCUUUUAUUUACUGGGAUGAUUGCAACUAACAAUUUAUGUUUAAAAUAUGUUGGUAUUGCAUUUUAUUAUGUGGGACGUUCGUUAACAACUGUAUUUAAUGUUAUUUUCACAUACCUUAUACUUGGUCAAAGGACUUCCAUAAAAUGCAUUGCAUGUUGCAUAUUUAUUGUGACUGGAUUUUGGCUUGGAGUAGAUCAAGAACAUAUUGCAGGCUCAUUGUCGGUUCUUGGAACAAUUUUUGGUAUACUUGGAUCAUUAACACUUUCUUUAUAUUCCAUUCAUAUGAAACAAGUACUUCCUACAUUAAAUCAAAAUAUUUGGUUACUCUCAUAUUACAACAACGCGUAUAGCGUUAUUAUAUUUCUUCCAUUGAUGGUAGCUAAUGGAGAACACAUUACAGUAUACAAUUAUGAUAAAAUUGGAUCAUUAUUUUUUUGGUCUGCUAUGAUUGUUGGCGGUAUUUGUGGUUUUGCGAUCGGUUAUGUUACCGCUCUUCAAAUAAAAGUAACAUCUCCCUUAACGCAUAAUAUCAGUGGAACCGCUAAAGCUUGCGCGCAAACAGUUCUUGCAACUUAUUGGUUUAACGAAGAGAAGUCAUUCAUGUGGUGGCUAAGUAAUUUAAUUGUGCUUGGUGCAAGUGCAAUGUACGCUAGGUUUAGACAACUUAAUCUCAGUAAAGAAUAUAAAGAAGAAAAACAACAAUUGAAAGUAUGACAAAAUAUAAAGAAAAUUAGGUAUGUGUAUAAUACUGUACUGUAAUAUUUAAAAAUUUAUUGUAUAAAUUUGUAUAAAAUAUCUAAGAAUUAUAAAUGAGUUAUUUCUAUAAAAUAUUUCAAGUACUUAUUGAGAUUAAUAUUGUCUCAAUGUUAAAAACAGUCUGUUAUUAAUUGGACGGAAAUAAAUAUUGUAUAAGUAAAAUAUUUAAAAUCUUGAUGAAAGACCACCUCCACGGCUAUCCGAAUGGCUCGACAUUAAAUCUUUCUUUUUAAUAAUUGCAUUCACACUUUUUAAUAUUAAGUAAGCAUCAACAUGUGAUGGUGGCACAAUUAAAUUCAACUGAUUUCGUAUUAAAGUAUCUACAGAAUGCUUCUGAUCAUUUUCUACAGCAAGUCCGUGCGUUAAAAUAUAAUAUCUAAAGAAAAGAAAUUCAUUCAAGAAAUGAUGUUUGAGUAUCAUAAUGUAAAAUAUAAAAUAUAUAUUUUACCUUGGAUAUUCGAUAGCAUCAGAAAUAUUUAACUGACGGAUUAUAAUAUUAUACAAUAAUUGUCCUAUAAUUAAUGUAUCAUCUGUUCCAAACACUCCUCGUAACCCACAUAUUGCCUUUUCAUUAUGGAAAAUUAUUGGAGUGAGCAUGGUCAAAUUAUUAUUAGUAUCAACUUUAUCUAAUAAAAAUCCAACAUUUGAUAUAUUUCCAAGACCAAAUGGUGCACUAAGUCCGCUAUAAAAAGAAUUCAAAUUAUUAAAUUUGUUCGCUAGAAUAUACAAAUUUUAUAUACGAAACUAACGUUAUAAUACAAACAUAUGUAUCUUCCCAAUCCAUUGACAUAACUCCAGUAUACUUCUCUUCUUCAACUAUAAUUAUCACUAUAUGAAAUUAUAAUACUAUAAAAUAUAUGUAAAAUAGAUGUUAUGAUAUAACAAACCAUUUUGUUUUAAUUGUUCUAAAAUUGAAGCUGAAUGUACUAAAGCCUUAGCUACGUGAACUUGUGUUCCUAUUGUUGAUGCAUUUUCGGUAGUUAUUCGAAGGUUCUCCAAUGCUUUCAUCAUUGAUUUUAAUUGUGAUACGUUUGAAGGAUAAUAUAUUGUAUGCUUAUAAAAACUUAACUUCUUUGCUAAAUAUGUAUCAGGCUUAUAAUUUGCUAAUUGCACAAGCAAAUCUUUGUUAGAUAAAAGUUUCUGUGAUAAUGUUCCAUUGUAUAACACUGAAAGUUGAACAAAUGAGUAAUUCUAAAUUACAAAAUAAAUUUUGUUUAAUUAACAAAAUGAAAGUAAUAUACCAUCAGUGCCAUGCUGUGCUAUAGCAUUUAAUGUAUCACUAAGAUCGUUUAAUUUCAGUAUAUCCCCAGCACUGAGAUGUCCAUAUAAAAUUUCAUAAUUUAUAUUUCUGGAUAUUUCGCUCGCUAAUUCCUUGGAUACAACAAAUCCUUCUCUGGCUAAUAUUAUGGAAGGUUUAAUGAUUUCAUUCCAAGAUAAUUUACCUUUUAAGGUAUGUGCAUGUUCUAAUCCCCGUAACAGAGCUGGUAUACGUAUUCCAUUUUGAGCAAAGCUACCUAACGCAUAGUUAAUGUAGGUAAUACAUGUAUAAAGCUUCUACAUGCAUUUGAAGUGUUUGCUUAUUUGAAAAAUGUACCUUUGAUUGUAUUGUUUGCAAAAUCAAUAAUAACUGGAUUUGUUUGUUCCUUAUGGUUAUAUAUCAUAACAUAGCCACCCCUAAAAUAAUAAUUAAAAGUUAAUAAAUAUCAACAGAAUUAUGUAUGUACACAACUUACCCACCAAGGCCAGUUUUAUGUGGAGCUACUACUGUCAUACAAAUAGUAGCUGCUAUAGCUGCAUCUACUGCAUUACCACCUUUCCUUAAAAUUUUAGUACCAAUUUGUGAACAGUUUGUAUAAUCUGUAGCAACUGCACCAUGGAUACCAGCUUUAUCCUAAUAUACAAUAAUAUUAUAAACAAUUAAAAUAUAGUUGAUAGACAAUAA